UUUCUGCUUCAUUGCUUGGUUUGCUUUGUUGCAUUCUUGGUGUGAAUGACAGCAAGCAAGAGAAAGAAAUCCAAGGCAAAGGAAGUGAAAUGAAGUGAGCUGCAUUGUGAAAGUUUUGAACACAUUUUGUAUAACCCGGCCUGUGCGCGUUCCAUCUGAUCCAGUAUAGUGAGGUAGCUGUUGAUAGGAAGAUGGCAGGGACAUCGUCCACAUUCGGAGGCGCCUUUGCCCAGCAGCAGAUGGCGACCUUUCCCUCCCCAACCCAGCCCAGGCACCAAACUGCUCAGCCCGGGAACAUGAGUAAGCAGACGUCGACCACAAGCGGUAGCAAUAACUUUGCAUCUACGAACGGUGCAACUAGUGGACUAUCAUUCCCAUCUAUGGACUUGUCAGGGAAGUUGAUAAUCAAAAUCAGGAUCGAAGGUGAUGAUGAUGUUAGACGAAUUCCGAUUCACAACGAGGACAUCACUUACGAUGAGUUGUUGCUCAUGAUGCAGCGAGUAUUUGUUGGCAAAGUUACCAGCUCUGACGAUGUUGUCGUCAAAUAUCGAGACGAUGAUGGUGACUUCAUCACAAUGGCUGACAAUUCUGACCUCACCAUCGCUAAACAGUGCAGUCGGAUUCUGCAUUUGAAGAUUUACAUUCGUGGAAAGAUGUUCCCGCAUAUUUCAGGCUGCUCCUGUGACGUGAAUGAUGUACGGCAGCAGCUCAUCAAGAUCAGAGAUCAUGUCAACUAUCUACUUGACCUGGUUGUCCCUGAUGCAAGCAAACACGAGAGUGGGCCAGCUAUCGAGCAGCCAGCACCUAUUGAUACCACUGGACAAGAUCCGAGUCGCCCUGUGGAUCAGGCUGGUUUGUCUGUUGCUCAGACUCUUUUUGAUCCUCUCAAGCAACAACAACAGCAGCAACAGCAGCCACCGCAAGCACAACAGCCACCACAGCAAAGCCCAGCUGCUUCUAACCACAGUGGCGCAGUAAUGCAAGCAGUGCAAGCAGCACCAGUCGCCACUCCUGUAUCGUCCGCCACGGAACCCGUCGGAACGGCAUCAGCCAUUGCCGACUCGUUUGGCCUUUCUGCGGACGAGAUGGCGCCUCCCCCGGAGCAGCCCAAUGCCCCUCCGUCAGAUGCUAUGACUACAGGCACGUACCCACCAAGUCAGCAGCAGCAGCAGCCCAGUUCUCAAGCUCCGCCACAGCCACAGCAAACUGGCCAGCAGCAACAACAGCAGCAAAUGCCCCCGACCAGUUCUGGGUAUCCUGGAUCGUCGACUGCGGCAUACCCAGCAAGUGGAGCAGCGCCUCCGAGCACAAGUGCUUCUGCCCCACCACCUACUGGCUACCCUGCAGCAAGUUUCUCUGGCAAUGCUGCUACAACGUCACCAGCUGCCAGCUACUACAACCAGCCAGGCAGCCAAGGGCCGCCACAAGCAACCCAACCGCCAAGUAACCCCUACGGUGGUGGCUAUGGUGCCCAGCAGGCUCGCUAUCCCUAUCAGCAGCAGCAGCAGCAACCCCAACAGCAAGCGCAGCAGCCCGCUCAGCAAGCAUCUGCGCCACCAAACUUCCCUACACCAUACGGUGGUGCUACGUCUGCACCACCAGCAGCAGCAGCACCACCACCAGCGGGUGGUGCUGGCAAUCCCUACGCUCGCCAGGCGCCAGCCACCACCGGCGGUUAUAGUGGCUAUGGUGGCUACAGUGGCAUGCCUUCUCCUUACAAUGGAUAGAGCACUGGCUGUGUUGUGGUGCACAAACACUGCAGCUUCAUCCUGUUAUAGUGCAUGCAUCCCCGGCUUGUUGAUGCGAGAUGGCCUAUAUAACCUAAUUUAAAGUAGCGACUUCCUGGUGUCUGCAAGCUACUUGCUCACACAAUCAUGUGUGCCGGCUGAAAUUAAUAUUUGUUUGUUUACCAGGCGCAUUUGUGAAUAUUCUUGUAGCUAUGCAUGCUGCUGCCACACAGUGUGACUCGGCACCCACCGGUGACCCCUAUUUUCACGAAGCCUAUUCCUAAACCUUUUUUUAUGGCUCUGAGUUUGGUUUGUAUUCUUGUAUACUUUGUUAUCUCCGGCUUGUUGUGAAUGAUGACGGCAAGCAGGCUUGUACUAACUUAGUAGCUUGGAUGCCAAUAUUCUUUCUGUAUGUCAUGCCUGCAUUCUGCUUACUGAUAGAGUCUUUGUCCGCAGCAUUUUUUGAACUGCGCGUCCCAUCCACUCCCCGUCACCAACCUGGUUAUAGAGUCUUGCUGCUAACCAUCCGUAGCCCUCUCUCUCUCUCCUUCCUGUAGUAUUGUGCAUUUUAUUUAAAAAAUACGGUUUGAGCAGUACAGUGUCUGUGCCAGUAUGCUUUCUCCUUCAAUUCGCUCGCUGCCAUCAAGAGUACAUAAUCCCCCCCCCCCCUUCCCAUAGUCGAGUUGCACACUCUUGGGGGUUAGGACUGCUCUUGCUGCCAUGGACAGCCAAUGCUUUGAGGUAUGUGCUGGUACUACAUUGUAGUACUUCAAAGAUGAAGUGCAUGUUUUUUCUUCUUCAA